GCCACAUCAGUUCCCCCACACUCCCACUACCUCUCACAAUUCUCAAACCCCGUGUAUCAGAAAUGGAAUCCACUGGCUACCGCCACCGCCGGUCACCCUCCUCCGACCGUUUUCUCGGCGUCUUCUCCUUCUCACCACCCUCCUCCUCGGCAGACGCAUCCGCCGUGGCUGGAGGAGACGAGCUCAACGAAGCCGAGUUCUUCUGGACCACCGAUUUCGCCGAGCCCAGCCACUCCGAUGACCACCGCCGCCACCAUCGGCGGUCGGAUUUACAGCAGACAACGACUUCCGGUAUCCGCGCCGCACUUUCCGACGCAGAUGGCCACCGGCCGUUUCUGUACCAAAAACCUUCGAUAUCGUUCACGUCAUCGUCGUCGAAAGUGGUCCCGAUGUUCCCGAGGCCGCCGGAGAGGGAGUGCCCGCAGCCCGUACAGUGCCGGAACCAGUCGGCGCCGAUGAAGGUGCCGGUGCUGACAGAGGCCAUGGCGAAGAUGAGGAAGGGGCUGCUGGCUGACGUGUACGACGACGAAGACGACGGAGGCGACGACCAGAUGUUGCCGCCUCACGAGCUCGUCUCCAGAGGCUCCGGCGUGUCCCCGAAGACGACGUUUUCUGUUCUAGAAGGAGUUGGUAGGACCCUUAAAGGAAGGGAUCUCCGCCAGGUCAGAAACGCCAUCUGGCGCAAAACUGGGUUGAUUAAAUCAUUUGGCUCCGAGAAACUCAUAAUUUUACAUAAUUUUAUUUUCAAUUAAAUGAUUCAAAUUUUAUCACUCAUCAGUCAUCACGGAUUCACGGUAAUAAGUUAUAUUUAUAUGUGUGAUAAAAUUUGAAUAUUUUAAUUGAAAAUAAUAUAUAGAAAUCGAUCCGAGUAUGUUAUGUGAACACAGUUCAAAUUUUGUUUGGGUUUUUUGGUUUUGAUGUGGAAAAUAUAAGGAGUGUUAUGAUAGUGUUAGUUUGAGGCCUUGAGUUGCUGGGAUAUGUGUGUUUAUUUUAUUUUAUGUGAUCUAUAGAACAUGAAAUUUAAGUAUUUAUGUUAAUUCAUGUUCUUUAAGCUUUUAAAAAGGCACAUGA